AUGGCAAACCGCCAAGAACGUACCUAUAUAAUGCUGAAGCCUGAUGGUGUACAGAGGGGUUUAUUACCUGAGGUCCUUCUUCGUUUUCAGAGAAAAGGGUAUAAAUUAAUAGCAAUAAAGAUGGUGUAUCCAACAAAGGAUUUAUUAGAGAAACACUACCAGGACCUAAACACUAAACCCUUUUUUCCUUCCCUUAUUUCUUAUAUGAGUAGUGGUCCUGUUGUUGCUAUGGUAUGGGAAGGAACAGAUGUAGUUAAACAGGGAAGAAAACUUCUUGGAGAAACUAGACCUCUUGAGAGCCAACCAGGUACCCUUCGUGGAGAUUUCUGCAUAGAUGUAGGCCGUAAUAUUGUUCAUGGAUCUGAUUCUGUUGAAUCAGCAAAGAAGGAAAUUUCUUUGUGGUUUAAGGAUAACGAAUUAUGUGAAUGGACACCAGCUAAUAAUUCAUGGAUUUAUGAAUUAGUUGUAGAGAGGAAACAACAAUUUCUUAAGUAUCCUCGUGGGAUCGUCUCCAACCGAUCUGGGAUCGUCUGGGGAUCGUGGUGGGAUCGUACGGAAUCGUAUUGGGAACGUCUGGGGAUCGUGUCGGGAUCGUUUCCGGACCGCGCUAGGGUCGUGUGGGAGCGCUUGUUGGUAUCGUGGUGGGAUCGUAUUGGGAUCGUGAUGGGAUCGUAUUGGGAUCGUUAUGGGAUCGUAUUGGGAUCGUUGUGGGAUCGUAUUGGGAUCGUGAUGGGAUCAUUUUGGGAUCGUGAUGGGAUCGUGAUGGGAUCGUAUUGGGAUCGUAUUGGGAUCGAGGUGGGGAUCGAGGUGGGGAUCGUAUUGGGAUCGUGA